CUAUUAUAGAAAUUAAGAUACUCACAAGAACCAGCGUCUUGCAUUGCGAAAAAUGGCGACUGACGUGAAAUCUCCGGUGUCGAUGAUCGACCCAUCCCAAUUGUUGCGUCCUGAGCCCACGUUCAACGACAAACCCAUUAACGCGUUCCGUGACUACAGUGUUGAUGACAAGGACCCUAUCAAGGAGCGCGUGCGCAGAACUUACUAUGACAUGCACACCAAUGUCACCGUCGACUUUGUCAAGCAAAAACGCGAAAAGUGGUUAAAGUUCAACCACUUCAAAGCCACGAUCAAGGAAGCACUGAUCAAAUUGAACGAGCUGGUGGAUGAGUCCGACCCCGACACUGAUCUUCCCAACAUCGUGCACGCCUUCCAGACCGCCGAGAGGAUCCGAGAAGACCACCCUAACGAUGACUGGUUCCAACUCACCGGACUCAUUCAUGAUUUGGGCAAGGUGAUGGCAUUCUACAACGAGCCGCAAUGGUGUGUAGUAGGAGAUACUUUCCCUGUGGGCUGCAAAUGGGCGGACUCUAUCGUCUAUGGUCCGGAGAGUUUCAAAGACAACCCUGAUACCUACAACCCCAAGUACAACACUAAAUACGGAAUGUACGAGCCUCACUGCGGUUUGGACAAUGUCCUCAUGUCUUGGGGCCACGAUGAGUAUCUGUACCAAUUUCUGCUGCACAACAAAGCCAAGAUCCCAGAGAAAGGACUUUACAUGAUAAGGUAUCACUCUUGCUACCCCUGGCACGCGGGAGGCGAUUACCGUCACCUCACUAACGAGAAGGACGAGCAAAUCCUCAAAUGGGUGCUUGAAUUCAACAAAUAUGACCUGUACACAAAGAGCGAAAAGGUACCGGACAUAGAAGCGUUGUGGCCGUACUACGAGAAACUGAUCGACAAAUACAUCCCAGGAGUCUGCGAGUUUUAAACGGGCCCGCGGCCUCGCCUAACAGCGAUAAAAAAAUCCAACAAAUUUUACUUUUUUAUUGUGUUGUGAUGGCAAAUGAAGUCAGUUAGACAGCUUUAAAAACAUACUACUUAUAUUAAUGUUUUUGCGAAACUGAAGGCUUUUGAUAACAUUUUGUACAAUCUUAGAAUAGUUUAUUCAUGUAUUUAUUUACUGAAUCUGGAAUGUUCUUGAUAAGAUGAACAUUGAACAAGUAAGUAUUGUAAAAAUUUUAAUAUAUUAAAUUAUAACUAAUACAAGUUUAAUAUCAAAUAAUUACCAACUAUAGAAUAUGUAAAUAAUUAUCGACGACUACCAUUGCUUAUUUGUAAAUUACUCAUUAACCUGUAAUGAAAAAUGAUGUAUUAUUAUUUAUAAAAUCUAUUGUAAAUUAACCUGUCUUAAUAAAUUGUUAUUGAUAUUA